CUUCCGUGUUGAAGGGAAUAAUGUCAACAAGUUCAUUGAGGUGUGUAGUGUAAACAAGUUUUGUGAUUUGUGUCUGAUUAAUGAUUUAUUCAGAUCCUACAUCUAGAUCUAUUAUUGUUCUAGAAUGAACCCUAUUGAAGUGUUUACUUCAUAGGAUAGACCUAGGACCUAGUACUCAAUGAGAAUGCAUUCAAAAAUGUUUUGUCACUGAAGACUGGCCACACAAGAGAUCAAGUAACAUUGUGCAUUAGAGUUAUCAUGUUUUGUUUGGUGUAAUGCACAUAUUGUAAAAUGAAUUCAGAUUCUGACUCUGAUUUUGAAGUAAGAUUCUCAAAGUAUCACCAAUGUCUCUUCACUCUAAAAAUCAAAGCUAAAAAGUCGAGAUUGAAAGAGAUCAAAGUCAAACUCCAAGAUGAACUCGACAUUGACGCUGACUGCGAAGAAGAAAAACUUCACAAGCUCAAUUUCUUGACCUGGGUUGAAUAUAAAUUGGACAAUGGUGACAGGGCCAAGGAAAUCAAUAAAAUGGCACUGAAAGAAAUGGGACAUAAUUUGACGUCACUCACAUAUCAAGCAUUUCUCUUUUGGAACGAAGGCAGCAAUGCCAAGGCAGAUAGAUGUUUAGACAAAGUGGAUUCCAUAAGGAAAGAACCCGGUGCCAAUUCAAAAGUAAUGGAAGUCAAGGCGGAACUAGCCUACAGCUAUAGCCGUAUAGGUGGAGCAGAAUAUAUUGCUAAAGCCAUUAAUCUUUAUGAGAGCAUUGUAGAUGCUUUUCCAGAUGAAUUUUCGUGGAAGUAUAGAUUAGGACUUGCUCACAGAAGAGUUGUUCACGGAAACAUUUCUCCUUCAAUGCCGCAAUGGAAGCCUGCAUCAGAACACAUAAAAAGUGCAGCCAAGUACUUAUUUGAUGUAGCGCUACAUUGCCCAGAGGCGUGUCUUCGUGGACGGGCCUACUCCCAGCUUGCUGUUAUGAAGAACUACUCUGAGCUAUACAUUCAAAAUGACAUGGAUAAAAUAUUUCAUGAGAUGAGCGUGCAGAAGCUUAUAGAUGAAGCUAUUGAGCAUAGUCCAAAUGAUGCACGUACGCUGAUGGAGUGUGGACGUAUCUUGAGAUUUUUGGAUUUGGACAAAGCUAUAGAACUGUUAGAAAAAUCUAUAGGUUUGAAGAAACACUCCAUAUCAUUGCAUCAUCUUGGUAAGUGUUAUGAAAGUAAAGCAAAGUUCGAAGCAAGAAAUCAAAGCACAAGGAACCAAAACCAGCCUAGAAGCCAUUCAAGAAACAAAGCCACUGGGCACAAUGAUGAUCUAAAUGAUGCACAAACAAUAGAAGAUCAAUAUAGAAACUAUACCACAAACGUACCAAACAAACAAGAUAGUCAAGAUAUACGCUACUCUACACGUUUACCAAGUAAAGGCUAUGAACGUAACUGUCAAAACGUCUCUAGAAAUACAACAGGUGGUUCUAGAGAAAACGUCGAGAUAGAUAGUCCACGCUGUACACCUAAUAGAAAUAGAGGAGCUUUAAACAGACUUUUUCAGAGAAAUGUCCCUACAGCAUUUACUGGGGGCUAUGGCUGGGACAAAACUCGUGGAUUACCUGGCUACCAAUGUUUAAGUAAUGCAAUGCAUACUCAUCCGGAUUAUCAGAAAAAAACUCAUCUUGACUUUUCCUCCAAUGAGUUUUGUGCUGGCAAUGUUCAAACCAGCGGCAAUGUUCGAAACACUCAUAAUCAGUUUGAAGAUAGAUCCCAGAAACAUCAACGCCAUAACUUCUCUAGACAAACACCAGCUAGAUCUCACCAAAGCCCGCGUAGAGGUUUUUCUAGAAACAAUACGGAAACUUUUAGAGAAAAUAGCAACACAUUCUACAAUUCAAACUAUACGCAAGGCAAACUUGUGGAAAACCAAAACAGACACUUCUCCGGAAAUAAACCAAACCAAUAUCAUCAACAAAACAAUAAUUAUUAUUGGGAGACGCCAGUUGCUGCCUCUCAUUCUAAAAAUCAAUAUGACACUACAGGCAGAAAUGUUCCUAGACAUAAUAGGAAUGAAACAAUGAGGGCACCCUCUUUUGGUGGUCAACAUUCAGACAGAAGUCAUUUAAAUUCACCCAAUUACAAGCAUCAAGAUCAUAGAAGUGAUUAUUCUAGAAUGCAAACUAGACACCAAGGAAACAUGGGAAAUCAGUUUAAAAAAACGAAACCUAUUCAAAGACUUAUAAGCUGCCCUCUUAAAGUGUUACCAUUAAAUAAGGAGGAUGACUAUGUCGCCAAGGCAUUAGACUGUUUUAAACAGUCUAUUCACAUUUCUUGGGAAAACAACUAUCCAGCAUUGUACAGUCUGGGUCUGACACUGAGAGCAUGUGGUCAGUAUGAAGAGGCGACAGAGCAGUUUAAUAAAAUCCUCAAUAACCACGGCUCGGGAUCUGAUUAUUUCAUUACAGUCGUAUGCGCGUUUGAGCAAUGCGGUCUUUGCAUGAUGGAGAUGGCAAAACAAGAAGACAUGGAACUGUCUGUAGAAGAAAAAACUAAAUUGUUUAAGAAAUCUGAAAAGAAUUUGCUAAAAGCAGUAAGUCUUGCUGCUACACUAGCUACCAAAGACCCAGAAAUAAAAAACCAUACCCAGAAUAUUUGGAACUCUUUUAGAACUCUGGAAGAAAGAUACGCAGAAAGUGAUGACUCUCCCGAAAUAAUAAAGAAGUUAAUUGUGUUGCUUCAAAUGGUAAGUCAGUAUGAAAAAAUUCCACCAGUUAUCGAAAAGCUUAGAUCUCUGAAUGACUCGGAUAUCGCUGAUCCAAAGAUCGUCGAAGCAGCACUGAAGAGUUAUCUCACUUCGAAUGACUAUGAGUCGGCGUGGACUUUUUUGUCUGUUUUGAUGACAACUUCCGAGCCAGCGAAGUUUUCCCCAGAACUAAAAUAUCUGAUAGUGAAAACACAACUUUGCACUGCAGAAUCAAGACUUCGCUUAGACGUCGCCAGUGCUAAACACAUCUUGAAACCUCUAUUUGAAUCUGUCAUUCAGACUAAUCUUAAGGACGCCCAUUGCAGUGAUGACUCAGCCGCCAAUGACUCUGAAGAUGAUCCUAUUGAUGUCUUAAUUAUUUGGGAUGAAAAAUCACCGAACAAGGCUAACCUUGAGGAGAAAAUGUGUGCAUUACAAAAAUGUAUUAACGAUGUGUUUGGCAUAGAGGCCAGUGCAAAUCUUCAGAGUUGCAGGUCUGCAGGUGUGGCACUGACACUCCAAAUCGAAGAAAUGGAACGACCUAAACUUCUCCUUGUUAUGAUAGAAAGACAUUCAUCUAAGCAUUUUGAAUUUAUCCUGAAUAAUAUCCCUUGUUUAACAAGCCAAGGGAGAGCACCACGAGUUCUGGUAGGACUGUGUGACAGUGAUGUCAUCGUCCCAACUUCUUUGAAUACUUAUUCCCAUUUGUCAUUGGACCGGGCUCUUGAACACUUUAGCUGCAUCUUGUAUCCAAACAAUUCGCAAGGGCAAGAACAUUAUGUGCCAUUUGAAAACAAAGAACUAUCUGGCACUGACCUGAAACAUUAUGUGCCAUUUGAAAACAAAGAACUAUCUGGCACUGACCUGAAAGAACAAGGAAAUAAAGUGGAAGUCAGCUCAGAAAGUCAUAAUGUGAACUGGACAAUAGAGGACAUUGAUGUCCUCAACUCUGUAAUGCUAUUAUAUUGUUCUAUGAUUGGUCAGAAAUGGCCACUGUGAUCACUAUCUAGUAUAUCUAAUGGGAUCAAGUCUACAAGGACUAUACAAAGAUAUUUCACAUGAUAGAGGCUACUAAGUCUAAUUUAAGGUAUUUAAUGCGAUGAGGGUACUAGGCUCAUUUUAACAUAUUUAAUGUGAUAGAGGUUACUAGGCCCAUGUUAAAAUAUUUAGUAUGAUGGAGUCUAAUAGGCCCAUUUAAAAAUAUCUAAUGUGAUAGAGGCUACUAGGCCCAUGUUAAAAUAUUUAAUGUGAUGGAGUCUAAUAGGCCCAUUUAAAAAUAUCUAAUGUGAUAGAGGCUACUAGGCCCAUUUUAAAAUAUUUAAUGUGAUGGAGUCUACUAGGCCCAUUAAAAAAUAUCUAAUGUGAUAGAGGCUACUAGGCCCAUUUUAAAAUAUUUAAUGUGAUGGAGUCUAAUAGGCCCAUUUAAAAAUAUCUAAUGUGAUAGAGGCUACUAGGCCCAUGUUAAAAUAUUUAGUGUGAUGGAGUCUACUAGGCCCAUUAAAAAAUAUCUAAUGUGAUAGAGGCUACUAGGCCCAUUAAAAAAUAUCUAAUGUGAUAGAGGUUACUAGGCCCAUGUUAAAAUAUUUAGUGUGAUGGAGUCUACUAGGCCCAUUUUAAAAUAUUUAAUGUGAUAGAGGCUACUAGGCCCAUUUUAAAAUAUUUAAUGUGAUAGAGGCUACUAGGCCCAUUUUAAAAUAUCUAAUGUGAUAGAGGUUACUAGGCCCAUUUUAAAAUAUUUAAUGUGAUGGAGUCUAAUAGGCUCAUUUUAAAAUAUCUAAUGUGAUAGAGGCUACUAGGCCCAUUUUAAAAUAUUUAAUGUGAUAGAGGUUACUAGGCCCAUUUUAAAAUAUUUAAUGUGAUAGAGGCUACUAGGCCCAUGUUAAAAUAUUUAGUGUGAUGGAGUCUACUAGGCCCAUUUUAAAAUAUUUAAUGUGAUAAAGGUUACUAAGUCUAAUUUAAGGUAUUUAAUGUGAUGAGGGUACUAGGCUCAUUUUAACAUAUUUAAUGUGAUAGAGUCUACUAUUUAAUGUGAUGGAGUCUACUAGGACCAUUUUAAAAUACUUAAUGUGAUGGAGUCUAGUAGGCCCAUGUUAAAAUAUUUAGUGUGAUGGAGUCUACUAGGCCCAUUAAAAAAUAUCUAAUGUGAUAGAGGUUACUAUGCCCAUGUUAAAAUAUUUAGUGUGAUGGAGUCUACUAGGCCCAUUUUAAAAUAUCUAAUGUAAUAGAGGUUACUAGGCCCAUUUUAAAAUAUUUAAUGUGAUAGAGGUUACUAGGCUCAUUUAAAAAUAUCUAAUGUGAUAGAGGUUACUAGGCUCAUUUUAACAUAUUUAAUGUGAUAGUCUACUAUUUAAUGUGAUGGAGUCUACUAUGACCAUUUUAAAAUACUAAUGUGAUGGAGUCUAGUAGGCCCAUGUUAAAAUAUUUAGUGUGAUGGAGUCUACUAGGCCCAUUAAAAAAUAUCUAAUGUGAUAGAGGCUAUUAGGCCCAUUUUAAAAUAUUUAAUGAGAUUGAGGCCACUAGGCCUAUUUUAAAAUAUCUAAUGUGAUAGAGGCUACUAGGCCUAUUUUAAAAUAUCUAAUGUGAUAGAGGCUACUAGGCCUAUUUUAAAAUAUUUAAUGAUAGAGGCUACUAGGCCUAUUAAAAAAUAUUUAAUGUGAUAGAGGCUACUAGGCCUAUUUUAAAAUAUUUAAUGAUAGAGGCUACUAGGCCUAUUGUAAAAUAUUGAAUGUGAUAGAGGCUACUAGGCCCAUUUUUCUUACUACUAGUCCUAUUGUAAAUUUAAUAAAUGUCUACGUGAAAGAGAUCAUAAAGUCUACAGCCAUCAUAAACAGUAGACUUUGUAGUGAGUGUAGUAUACUAGAUCUCAAUCAUACAGAGAAUCUACAACACAUAGCGUUAAUUUAUUCUUCAUGUCUAUUUUAACUUGUAAAUAAAAGAGCAUUCUUAAUAGCUUGUGUACUUGACGCUAAAUAUGUGAUGUGAAUCAGGCUAGUUAUUACAAAGUCAUUUACAAUGUCACAAAUUUAAUGUACUUUUGAAUUAUUUCGUAUGUAUUCCAUAUAUUGAUUCCAGUCGUUCUGAAAUGACCACAGCCGGAAUCUCUAAGUUAGUUUUUGUGGUCUACACUUUGCACAUUCCUCGUCCCAUAUGCUAGGACAAAUUUGUACAAAUACUCCUUCUUCCCUAGUGCUAUUAGAGCAUGGAAUGGGUUGCCUGAGCUAGCCAGGAAAACCAGUGACUUGGCAGAAUUUAAGUCAUUGGUUAAUAUGCAUGACUAAAUGCAUGACGCGUAGGACGUAAUCAUCUUCUUUUUUGAAGUAACGUCUGUAUUAUAUAAGAUAAGAAGAUAAUAUAAGAAGCUAACUACACUUAAGGCACGGGUACCUUGACAUUUGAAGUUGAUUGGAAUUUGAUCUGGGUUUUUUUUUUUUUACUCUUUUCCCUUGCUUUUGGAUUUCUAUCCCGAGUCUCCAGUAGUCACAGCUCCACACCAGGAGGAUUGAUCUGAAUUGUUUGUUCCCUGUCUCCAGUAGUCACAGCUCCACACCAGGAGGAUUGAUCUGAAUUGUUUGUUCCCUGUCUCCAGUAGUCACAGCUCCACACCAGGAGGAUUGAUCUGAAUUGUUUGUUCCCUGUCUCCAGUAGUCACAGCUCCACACCAGGAGGAUUGAUCUGAAUUGUUUGUUCCCUGUCUCCAGUAGUCACAGCUCCACACCAGGAGGAUUGAUCUGAAUUGUUUGUUCCCUGUCUCCAGUAGUCACAGCUCCACACCAGGAGGAUUGAUCUGAAUUGUUUGUUCCCUGUCUCCAGUAGUCACAGCUCCACACCAGGAGGAUUGAUCUGAAUUGUUUGUUCCCUGUCUCCAGUAGUCACAGCUCCACACCAGGAGGAUUGAUCUGAAUUGUUUGUUCCCUGUCCGAUGAAGGUGUUGUCAGUUAUUGUACACAUUUUGGACAAUGAAAAUGAUUACGACCUAGACCUACUGCAGGACAAGGGACGAAUUUUGUUUUUUAAAUCUUAAUGUCCAUUUCAUACUUGACCUUGGACAAACGUGCGAAAGAUAAACAAACAACAUUCUUUGGUUAUUUUUUUAACAUUCUUUCGUUAUUUUUUUAACAUUCUUUCGUUAUUUUAUUAACAUUCUUUGGUUAUUUUUUUAACAUUCUUUCGUUAUUUUUUUAACAUUCUUUCGUUAUUUUUAGCAAUUAAAUGUGUAGUAAAACAGUAAAAGUCCGCAAGUAUCAUUCCAUUUUUGAAACGUUGUCUGUGAUAAUUGAAUAAAUGUACAUUAUCUUUGAUGUUUCUAUAUAUGACAUGUAUUCUAUUUAUUGACAAAUGCGACAUUGUUUUAUAAAACACAAUAUUAUUACAUUAAAAGAGAUUGACUUUCACAAAA